AUGAGUAAGUCGGUUUCAACAGUUCAGCGAAGGAGGCAUACAAACUCAAGGCUUGGGUGCUCCGUGUGCAAGGCGAAAAAGAUUAGAUGCGACGAGACUUUACCACAGUGUAAAAAUUGUUUGAAAAGUAAGAAAGGUGUAUGUUCCUAUUUGCUGCUUACACAAACGGAGAUCGACAAGAUUAAAUUGACACAUUCGUUGAGGAAUAGUCAAAACAAGUUAUUGCAAUCGAACUUUAGAUUACCAGCUUCGUCUGUUACGGCAAAGGCCGCAACAGCAACAGCAGCAGCAGCUACAACAACAACUGGUGCAACAGGUACAGCAACCUUCACUACUCAUAAUUUGAAGCUGGGACUUAACGGUCUUGGGCUUGGUCAACAGGUCACAAACUAUGAAUUAUCAAGCAGUAGCACAAACAGUAACACCUGCGCCAGUGUACUUGAGUUCAAGUUUGAGUUGGCCAAUUUACCUAUUCAACUUCCCAAAUUCAACUACCCUCCGUUGCAAUACAAUAAUCUAUCAAUGCAGGAUUUUACUGGCGAGUUCAAGGUCAUGAAUGAUGAUAUUCUUAGUGACGCCGAUCUGGAAGAACACAAUAAAGGUAUGCUCAAAGAAGGAUUUGAAUACAAGAUCUCAUUCAAAUGUUUUAAACCUCAAAGUUUCAAGAAAUCCUUCCUGAGGAAAAACAUGUUACCCAAAAUGGUUACCGAUUUUAGUCAUUACAUUGUGCACGCAGAAAACAAUUUGUUGAUUUACAUGAAUGAUAUGAUAAUAAAGCGGUUCUUUGAUGAAACAUUAACAACUUGUUUUCAAUGUUUGGGAGAAGCGAUUAUUUUGAACCAUUGUCGUACAUUAAAAGGAAGCAACAAUAACAAUAACAAUAAUAAUGACAAUUAUAACAGCAAUAGCAAUAGCAGUAGAAACUGCAAUAGCGCAAAGAGUGAUUAUGACUCUAAGCAAGCGUUAGCGAGGAAACUAGAAAAGCGCAUCUUUGAACAAUUUAACGAGUGUCAGAGUAGCGUUGAAUCUAAAUUGAGAUCUAUACAAAAUACCUAUACUGGUACCUCGCUUGAAAUAGUUGGUGAAGAGAUUGAGCUGAUGGCACAUUCUAGCCACCUUUUAACUUUUACCGCAUUGAUAAUGAAAAAAGCGCUUUCGACAUAUUUCAAUGCUCAAAAAGGUGUCAUUAUGAGUUUUGAGAUAUACUCACAAUUGGUUGAACGGUCUCUUUUGAGGCAAAGACCCAUCAUUGAUUUUGUUCAGAGCAACUUGCAACAUAAUAUUAUCAGCAUUCACCUCCCUUCGUAUAAUCCGCAAUUCCUAUUUGAGAUUGAAUCGAAUCUAAGAAGUCUUGAAUAUAUAUUUAGUGCAUCGAAUUCAAUCACAAACAACCCAGAAAUCGAUGCACAGUUUAUUCGAUUGCAUAAUCAAUACGAUAAAUUGAUGUCAUUCUUACGAGAAAAGGUGUUACCCAUAGUGUUCACUGCUAGAAAUGAGAGUUUCAUCACUACAUACCCGGUACAAACAAUAUUUGAGAUCCUCAAGGAAUGGCAUACAACAUGUCCUCCCGAGGCCAUUGCAUACAAGAAAAAGAUCAAAACUCAGUACUACGACGAAUCUGUGUUUUACCACGAUUUGGCAACUACACUAUACACAUAUUGCUUUGCAAUCUCUGCUGGGUUAGGCGCAGUUUUUCCUUCAUGCAAAUACUUGUUCAGCUUGACAUUUAUUAUUCCAAUAAAUGAUAUGUUGAAUAAUCAAGAAUCGCUUACGGUAUCCAAAUAUAAUCGAUUUUCACAAAGUUUCUUUAACCAAAGAAUUGACGGUAUGUUACAAAGACACAUUUGCUAUGCCUCGAGAGUAUUUGCAUUUUUUAAAAGGAGGUUUAUUUUUUACAACAACCAUUUACUGUGGUCAAAUUAUUAUGACAAUUCGACUUUGCAUGAGAAUAGAUUCAAAUCAAGGGCAUUGACUUCGGUGAAGGAAGUUCCCAUAUACAGCUUCAACACUACUUUGAUCAGACCGGAGCACUACCCGACAAGGGACAAACUGGCGGACCAGGUCAUGUCAUACAUUAACUAUAGGAGAGAAGAUGAUUCAAUGGUGAGAAACCUUUAUGCAAGGAAUAUUGAGACUUUGAAUAUAUUUAAUGACUCUACUUUGCUCCAGUUUGAUUAUGAAACAAUGCUUUUGUUGAAAGAUUAUAGGCCGUUGGAUGACUGUGUCGAAUUUACGCGAGAAUUGUUGAAGUAUAAAGAUAUUCGAGACUACUACAAGGAUAAGAUUACGCUCUUGAGUAGUGUGGAGUGA